UACACUAGCUUAUAAACAAUUACAAUGGCGAAAGUCACAACAAUCACAAGAAUGGAUUCAGAUCAAAGUCUACGUUGAGACCGAAAGGAGCAAGGGUCUUUAAAUGAAAGAUCCAGGCGGCCGCUCGUCAUAAACCCAUACAAGAUUACUUUGAAUAUAGCCAAAGGGAGUGUGAUAAGAUGAUUGUUUCUGAGUCCCUUUUUGACAUGCCGGGAGGUAAUUCUGACCUCUCGAAAGAACUGUUACAUUUAUCUAAGCGCCAGAUGAGAACGAAUCUACAUAUUGUCACUCUUAGUGAUUAUGUGCGUCAAGGCACUAUUCCACGGGGACUCAGGUGGCAAAAAGAACGAUAAUUGGGACAGCCCGCAGAUGAUUUCUGUGAGCGCUGGUGUGCCAUCCUUAACAAAUGCUCUAUUGAUUUAAUGACAUUAAUUGUUGACCAGUUGGGAAAUUAUUUUAUUGAAAUGGUUAACACGAUUAAAGAAACGCACAGCUCUACAAAUAGCUGUUAAUGAUGAUGGCAUAUUCAAUUAACUGAUAAACUAACCAAGCACUCCAAGACAAGUGGUCUACAGAAAUAAAGGAACAUAAAAUCAACUCAACCAAGACAAAAAAGACAAGGCCGAGGAUAAAGUCUACUUCUGGAGAAACCCUGACAAAGGAGGUUCCUCCUCUCCAUGGCAGACGCAGGAGGGAUGCCGCUUACUUCGAUACACCCCCGUUUGACCAACACUCUACAACCAGCGCCUCAUCGGCUUCCAGUGGCAGUUUUUUAUUCAACGAGAAACCGGGCCGACCGAAGGGCGGAGGUGGCCGCAGGCACGCUCAUCGACGAGAUGCCGCACCCGACGGGGUGAACCCAGAUAGGAGCAGCAUCUGACUCGACUGAAGCUUGAACUUAUAAACCCACUGCAGUCAUGCUACUCCCCAUCCUUGUCCGUGAGUCCCUAUGCUGCUCAAAGAACUCUGUCUUACUGACAUCCUCAAACAUACAGGCCUGUAUCAGGGGUCUUCAGGGCAAGGGAGCCAGGGGCCUCCACAGCUACGCCCAGUGGUUCCUCUGUAGGAGGCUUCCCUCACGCCUCAACACCCAAAUACGGGGGGCCAAGAGUUGGAAGAGCCAGACCAAGCAGCAGGAGGAUGAGUGGAGGAAGAGGAACAAGACGGUGCUGACGUAUAUCGCUGCUGCGGGGGUGGGGAUGAUCGGCAUGUCCUACGCUGCUGUACCCCUCUACAGACUCUACUGCCAGGCGUCCGGUCUGGGUGGGACGGCGGUGGCAGGUCACGAUGCAGAGCAGGUGGAGACGAUGACGCCGGUGAUGGACCGCAUCAUUAAGAUCACCUUCAACGCUGACACACACGCCAGCAUGCAGUGGAACUUCCGCCCGCAGCAGUCUGAGAUAUACGUGGUUCCAGGAGAGACUGCCCUGGCCUUCUACAGAGCCAAGAACCCUACAGACAAACCUGUUAUUGGGAUCUCCACCUACAACGUUGUGCCCUUUGAGGCUGGACAGUACUUCAACAAGAUACAGUGUUUCUGUUUUGAGGAGCAGAGGUUGAACCCUAAAGAGGAAGUGGACAUGCCCGUGUUCUUUUACAUCGACCCUGAGUUUGACGAGGACCCACGUAUGGCCCGUGUCGACACCAUCACACUCUCAUACACCUUCUUCGAGGCCAAGGAGGGACAGAAACUACCCCUCCCCGGAUAUAGUCCGAUUUCCCUACACAGCUAAAGAUUGGCCUCAUACUAUUUAUUGUUCUCCUCAGAGAUGCUGAGUUAAGUCCAAUAUAUACAGGCAUUCAAUCCAUUUUGUCACUACAGAAUGUUACACAAAAUGUUAAGGUGUGUGUAUUAGACACAUGAUUGCUGUAAUAUCAGUCAUUCAUCCCUGAAUCAGAUAAUGCGAAGAUAAUAUACGAAAAUUAUAAUGUACAGAGAAGGGGUUAUGUAAAAAUGUUGUCCAUGUGAUGAAUAGUUAACUUAACAAGUGUCUUUAAGACUGUACAGUGUUCCUCAAUCAAAUAAAUUAUGAUUUUAGCUUUGAGGACUAAUCAGACUGUUCUACCCCCCUUUAAGGGUCAAUUUAUCCCUCUGAACUUUGCAAAUGCCUUUUGUGUUUGUAUUGCUGCAAUUUCACCACUAGAGGUCAGCUGCCGAAUGAUACAUCAAUGUCAUGUUUGCCAUUUAUUUUCCCAUUUACCUGCUCAUAAUCGGUGACAAUUCAAAAACAGUGUUGUUCUCUGAGAACUUUCAUCUGAGAAUUUCGCCACAAUCUUUUAAAGUUUUCCUUUUCAAUUGCUA